AUGGGAUAUCCUUGGAUUUCGUUACUCCAGUGGCAGCCUUUCCAAAUAGACGCACUUGGCCUCGUCACCCUCCUCGGCUCCGAAGAAGUCAAUGUCGCUGUCGGACGCCUGGUUGCUAGUCGGUGGCUGGAAUACAUGCCUCUACUGGGCGCCUUUUUGUACAAUCUUAGCAGUGGCAUAACAUCCACGGACAUUGCUCCUUGGUUCACCCGGUGGAUGGCAGUACAGGGCUUCGAAAUUACCCGAAGUAUCGUGUAUUGGGAAGUCGUCAACGAGCCAAAUGAUUGGCUUCGAUACAAGAUCGCGUCGGCAACUAUUUCUUUCUGCUCCAUUGGACUACUCAUGAUUAUGACUGCACUGUCUGGAGAUUGGUACGGCUUCACGAAUGCGCUGGUUGUUGCUAUCUCGGUGAUCGUUCGGGCCUUUAUAGUGUCUGCAAAUCGAAGAGCCAUCGAUCACCGCGUUCUUGAAUACGUCAACACAUGCCAGAAAAAGCAUUCUGCCAUCGAUGCCCAACAAGGAGAACCAGUGCCACUGGCUGAUAUUGGAGCCACAGAAGUAGAGUACGCCAAGACCUUAGUCAUUCUGCCAGACUCGAAGGCGGUUACUAUGUUCCUUCCGCAAGGUCUCAUCGUUUCAGUCUUUACCAGGAAGCCAGAACCGUUCAAUGAUACGCUCUAUCAUCUUUUACGAUGGCUAGGAUGGGCUGCAUUCGCCGUGCAUAUUGUGACUAUCGGAAUGGCACAACUGGUCGCCCAGAUAUACUCCGUCAUUCUGCUCGUUGGGUCCACAGUGCUGCUAUGUUACGGCGUGGGAUGCGAUGUCUCACGACUCCAUCGGCGAUGGUCAAAACCGCCUCAAGAUAUUGGCUACUCACCCUACACCUGCUGGAUAGGCUCUCAUCUCAAGGCUACUAUAUUCCAAUGGCCGACGAGCGUGGAGUUUCACAAAGACGAGAAGACCGGCGUUCUUCGCAAAAGAGAGGAAAGUUUUACAAUGCCUCAAUGCGAAAGAUCCGAACGGCGUCAAGACUUGUACGCAUGGCUCAAUCUGAGCGACGCAGAAGUCGAAAGUCUGACCAGGUGGGAUCUGCUGCCACAUCUCCGACGAGGCCACGAGUCCUGGUCUGCCCAAUGGGGCGAGAAAAGAGACUUGAUAAGGAAAGACCCAGUGGAUGUAGAGGCGCUCAAGAAUGAUGCAGUAUUGAUUAUAGAGAAGAGGCGGACUAAGUUCCAGGCCUGUGAUGUUGAGAAACAGGGGCAUUGA